AUGAACAUAGAUCAGGUUAUUCGUGAACAUUUCGCUCUUGGUCCUGUCGAACACAACUAUUCGUUCAAUUUUCUUACCGAGCUGUUUCGAAGAGCCGAGGUCUCCUUGGAGCGACAACCGUCUCUUCUUGAAAUCACAGCGCCUGUUAUAGUAGUGGGAGAUAUACACGGUCAAUACGCGGAUCUACUAAAUAUAUUUGAGGAGUGUGGUUGGCCGUUCGAGAAAAAAUACCUCUUUCUUGGAGAUUACGUCGACCGCGGAAGGAAUUCGCUUGAAGUGCUGGUCCUUGUUCUUGCAUUGCAAAUUCGUUUCCCUCAGAACGUUUUUCUUCUACGCGGUAAUCAUGAAAUCAAAGCAGUGAAUAAGGGAUAUGGCUUCUAUGGUGAUCUACGUCUACGAUACUCGGAGAGGAAUGAAUAUGAUUCCAUACUUGAUGCUGUGGGAAAAGUUUACUCGCAACUACCACUUGCCGCUUUGCUUUGCGAGAAAAUUCUUUGCCUCCAUGGUGGUUUAUCUCCCAAAUUAAGUUCUAUUGAUGACAUUCGCAAUAUUAAACGAGGAGGUGGAGAACCGUCGGGCCUCGUUGAGGAUCUUCUUUGGUCCGAUCCAUCACCGACAUGCACUGGUUUCCAAGCAAAUGCUGAACGUGGAUGUUCUUUUGUGUUCGGAUCUGAUGUAAUUGCGGAAAAAUGUCAGAAAAUGGGUAUUUUAAUGAUUGUUCGUGGACAUCAAGCAGUUGACGAAGGUUUCGAGAUCUCCCCGGAUCGAAAAAUCAUCACACUCUUCAGUGCACCAGGAUAUCAGGAUCAUUACGUGAAUAAGGGGGCUGUCAUGAUUGUUUCUGCCGAUAGGACUGUAACUUUCAAGAAGUUCACUCGACAAUUGACCACAAAACAAGAUCCACGUUGGACUACAGUAGCAAUGUCAGAGUGA